AUGACGACCCAGCUCCUAGCUACCGAGCUAACGAAUCUCAUCCAAGAAAGCAAGCGGAAGCACAAUGAUCUCCGUCAAGCAGCCGAAAAAUCUCUUGAAGAGCUGAAAAGCCUCAGAGGGGCCAACGAAGCCCAAGCCGCCAAUGAGUUGGCUCAACGUCCAAAUUUUGUCAACCCUUUUAUUAUUGCAUGUGGAACCAAGAAUGCAAAGUUCACAGGUAUCGCCAUCGUCUGUCUUCAGCGCCUCAUUGUUGCCCGUGCCCUGCCUAGGGGCAAGUUGAACCAGGUCCUCGAAGCCCUGAGAGAGGCGACUUCUGCUGGACUCGAUGUUCAACUCAAAAUUCUCCAGGCUCUGCCAUCACUAUUACAAAACUUUGCGACAGAUCUCAAGGGAGACCUCCUAAUUACUGCCUUGAACAUCUGCUUCAUCUUGCAGACCAGUAAAAAUGCCAUUGUCAACAACACCUCAGCUGCGACUCUCCAGCAGCUUGUGGUCUCGGUAUUUGACAAGGUGGUAGCUGAAGACAAAUCCGGAACUGCAGGGUCUCCUGCGGGCGAGGCGCCAACCGGUGAUGGCACCGUUGAGCUGCGCGCUGCCGCUCUGGAUGCGUAUAGGAUAUUCAAUGAUCUUUGUCUCAUGACAGAAAAUCAACGCCCCGAGUAUUUGAGAUUCUCCGGACUACCACAAACCUUUGGUCUGGAGUUGAUAGAAUCAGUCUUAACCAACCACGCCGCCGUAUUCUCCACCCAUAAGGAGCAGGCACACAUCCUUCAGAUCCGAGUCAUGCCUUUCAUCAUCAGCGCCCUGAAAGGCAAGCCCAACUUUGCCACAUCAGUAAGACUUGUUCGUAUCCUGUAUACACUCCUGCGACGACACAUCAGCAUUCUUCCGGCGGAAAGUGGUGACGCUCUUGAUAUCUUGACGCAUUUGCUCGACCAAGACACGGCAGUAUGGAGGCGAGCGUUGUGUCUUGAAGUGUUCAGGGGUAUUUUCGCUGAGCAUGCCCUGAUCAGACGGAUUUUCGUCAAUUAUGAUGCGAAGGAGGGCGAGAAGGACAUCGUCAAGCGCUUGACAGCAACUUUUGUGAGGCUGAGCACCGAGAAGCCGUCAGUCAUUGGGCUAGGGCAUCAAUCGACCAUUCCUGUCGCAAACCCUUAUGCAAGCAUCGCAUCGUCAACUGAUCAAGCAAUGCUUGAGGCCAGCGGUGUAACUGGCAUCAUCAGCGGCACGGUUAGCUCGGAUGGCUCCAACAUUGGAAUCAGCACACAAUGGAGCAAUGUGAGGGUUCCAUGCAUCGAUCAGCUGGACAAGACCGAGGCUCCGUCAGUUCCAGAGUCUUACAUUUAUAGCUUGACGCUGUCAUGUAUAUCAUCAUUGUCCGAAGGCCUCGCAAAAUUCAUUCUCCCUCUCACAGUGCCUGGAGAGAGCCGUAGCCGCAAGCGGGGUGCGAAGCAGGAACCAGGCCGAGAUUCUCCUGCUCCGCCUCAAGAUGAUGCCGAUGGCCAGCGUAGUGCGUUGGACAGAUCAGCUUCUUUUAAAAAGAACCCUGUCCCUCUUAACCCGCUCCUCCUAGAGGAUCAUCCCUUACACAACGAAGUCAAGAUUUGCGCGGCUAUCAUCGAAGAAUGCUGGCCGGCUAUUCUUGCCACUUGCUCGACGUUCUUGUAUGCUGCCAUGGACUCUGAGUACUAUCAUAGCCUGGUAAGAGCAUUCCAAAAGUUUGCUCAUGUUGCCGGAUUACUUCAAUUAUCGACACCAAGAGAUGCGUUCUUGACAACUCUUGGAAAGGCAGCUGUCCCGCCCAACGUCUUUACGGCGUGCCUGAAUGCAGGACCAGCUAGGCCUUCUACCCCCACGCCGACCACCGAAGCACCAAGUGGCAUUUUUAGCAACGCAAGAGGGCUGCUCAGUGUUGACAGUUUGGCGAACCAAUCCACGCCAGUUGCCGAAAAGGGAAGACAGCAAAGUGUUGAUGGAAGUCAAUUGACGCUUAACACCCGUAACCUCCUUUGCUUGAGAGCACUUCUGAACCUGGGUAUUGCUCUCGGCCCAACACUUGGCCCAUCUUGGCGUAUCAUUCUUGAGACCUUGCAACAAGCCGACUUCGUACUUUUUUCCACGAGUAAGACUCCUGGGCGGACGCCUCUAGCUACCAAGGGAGUAGAUCAUCAGGCGGAAGGCGAAGCCACUGCUCUCCUGUCCAACUUCAGCAGCGAGGUCAGGGCAGUUGAGACGGCAGCUUCGAGGCUCAUAGAAAGCACCAUCGACUUUCCAAACGACGCCUUUGGAGAGGUGGUUACCGCGAUAUGCAACCUCCUUGAGAGAGCAAAAGAAGAUAAGCAGAAGGCAGAGAGUGCGAGUGAGCCGCAAUCUCCGCAGUCGGGUGGUAUGAAGCCGGUGCCAGCAGGACAGCAUCGUCGGGUACUCAGCAUCUCAGCCGCAGCAGCCGCAGGGCCAAACCAAGAAGACCAUUUCGCUCUCGCCAAGCUAGGCGACAUUGCCACUAUCAACAUCGAUCGCUUGUUGUCAUACCCGCCAGACAUUUCUGGCUGGGCACCAUUGACAUCCGAACUCAUCCAUAUCCUGAACGCAUCUUCGAUAAAUGCUUCCGUGCGGCUUCGUGCUGCAGAGAUCCUUGUUAGACUGGCUCUCGAGUCAGCCAAUGUAGCUGCCACGAUGGAGCGCGAGCAAUGCGGCAGAGUUCAGUUGCUCCUUCUCGAGGCACUCCGAGAUGCCAUUCUGCCCUUGCAACAAGAAGACCGAGAGGUAACUGUGGCUAGUCACAGCACGGAUGUCGAAAUCCAUAAGGUGAUUCUCGACGGCCUUAAAAACUUGAUCGAAAACUGCGGCGAGACUCUCGUCAGCGGCUGGGAGAUUGCUUUCGAAAUUAUCGGCUCCAUCUUUGUCGACAAGAAGUUCGCCCCCGGAGAGCGUCGGGGUUCCCUGACGGUCGUUCUCAUGACACGAUCAGCGAAGCUUGUCAGGUCUUCUUUUAAUUCACUUCAACUAAUCUGUUCCGACUUCCUAGCGUCUCUACCCAAUUCCUGCUUUCUCAUACUUGUUGAUACCCUAUACAAAUUCUGCUCACAAGAUGAUGAUCUCAACAUUGCUUUAACGACCGUAACGUUCUUCUGGGUUCUGUCCGACUUCCUGUCUAACAAGACGGAGUCACUACCCAUCACGGCCGACCUGAUGCAAGGCUCGAGCAUCUCAGAGCUGGCUGCUCUAGCCGCUAACUCAGACCAUAAUGCAUCGGAUGCUGCACUGUGGAUGCUAUUGCUUCUCAGACUUACUACUGUGACCGCCGAUGAAAGAUUAGAACUGCGAAACAGCGCGAUUCAAACAUUACUGAGAAUUUUUGACGCAUAUGGCGACAAACUAAGCCCGGAAGCCUGGUCCAUCUGUGUCAAGGCAGUUGUGUUCAAACUCCUCUCAUCGAUCGAGGUGGAACUUCAAGCCGCUGCUGAAGAUACGUCGGCACAUCGUGAUCGGAAGGAAUGGCAUGAGACCGCGGUCGUGGUUUUGAACGGCAUCUCGGAGCUUCUAGCCACGUACAUGGAACCACUUUCUACAGAUUCGUCAUUCAACAAACUUUGGCAGGAGCUUCUCGGCCACUUCACGACACUUCUUGAUUUCAAGGUCUUGAAUAUCAACACAGCCACUUACAAGGCUCUCGGCAAAGUCAUUAAGUUUGAAGACGAACCUGGCAGGCCAGUCUUUGAUACUAGUACCGUCAACGCCGUAUGGGAGCUGUGGUCUCGAGGAAUACCGGUGGCUUUGGACGAGGAAGAAGGAAAGAAAAUGGACAACCAGAAUUGUCUUAUAGCUUACGUUGCCGCCUUCCACGAUGUGUACCAGCUCAUUCAGCAGGACUUGACCGUGGACCGUGUGCGCCAGCUUUUGACGCUUUUCCGUGAAGCUCUUCAGCAGGCCACAGUUGGAGCCUACGUCAACGACGUUGAGUACGUCACGCCACUUCAGAACCAAGUCCUCGAAGCCAUUAAAAUGGUGAGAACAGACCUCACCGGCGUACCGUCAGCGAUGAUCUCGCAGGUAGCAGAGUUCGUCCGCCUGGCAUUCAACGACGAAGCACUCAAUUCCGAGCGUUCGACUCAGCGAAGGACUUAUGUCGCAAUGUCCAAGGCAAGCAUGGCAAUUCUACAGACUCUCAUCCUCAAGAAUGCUUCAGAUGCAGACAUAUACUCCAGCGAAGCCUUCUCCGCCGCGCUCUCGGCCCUCUCCAAGCCUGUGGUCUUGAAAUACGGCUUCCCCAUCGUCACCAAAUCAGUUCAACCCUGGCGCCUUGCAACAACCUCUAUCCUAGCCAUCCUGGAAGCCACGCUCCCCCAGAUCCGGUCCCUGGAGGUCCCGCGGCAAACGCUCCAGAGCAUCUGGCAGAUGAUUGUCGAAAUCGCAGACGGCAUCGUUAGCGCAAAUUGCAACGCAGCUCCCGCCGCUGCCGAUCUCUCUGACGACGAGUCCUUCGACAUCACCGCUUUCCACAAGCUCCGCGAGCUCAUCAUCCCUUCACUGGGAGCCGAGGCGAUCCCCGACAAGACCCGCAAAGCCUACGCGGAAUCUCUGUUCCGUACAUCCAUCAUCCACGCCCCAUCGCCGGCCGAGGCCUCCCUCCUCUCCGGCGGCGAUGCAACGGGCCUCGCGGCGUUGUACCAGAAACGCAUCGGCCACACCGUAGAUCCCCUUCCCACCCGCCGCGCCCGCAUGAGCUAUGUCUGCGUGGACGAGCUCUUCUCCCUCGUCUCGUCUUACGACGAGGGCUCGCUGCGCAUCGUGGUACAGCCGCCUACGCCCGCGUUCCCUCCGCCUCGCUCCGUUCUCUCUGAGGCCCCUCAGGCACUGCACAUCCGCAUCGCACGUACCGCGGCGCCCUUCCUCAUCCUUCGCGCCGCGCUGACCAUUCGCGCCUACAUCGCCGAUCAGCCCCUACGAGGCCGCAUGCCGCAGCCUCUUUCACAGCGCAAGGAGCUCCUCCGCAUUCUGCGGCAGCUAGUCGAUCUCACCUCCGCAUCGGACGCCAUCCCCGACACGCCCAACGUUGAGAGCGAAGGACGCAAGCACUUGCUUCGCCUAUAUCCUCUCCUCGUCAGCGCUGUGAAGGUAGCGGGCGGCUCCGGCGAUGAAGCUGUGCAGAACCUGUGCAUCGAGGCUCUCGAAGUCGUCGGUGGUGAGUUGGGGCUAUAG